UCCCCCUGCAAAACGCCAUCUUCGGCAAAUCCCAAGUAAAGUAAAGACAGUGACUAUAGAUAGUAGACUACUAUCUAUAGUCACUGGUAUUUUCUUUCUUAACCUCAAAAUAAAUUAUUUUUUAAUUAACCUCUAAAUUAAAAUGGCAGAAAUAGAAUUAACAGAGGAAGAAUUAACACUGAAACAUAAAAAAGAACGUAAAGAACUACAAGCACAAAUACAAACGUUGAAAAAGUCAAUUUGUAAGGGUGACAAAAAAAAGAAAAAGGAAAUAACAGAAGAGAUUGGUCGUUUAGAAGAGGCUCUGGAAAAGAGGCAGGAUGAAGAAUUGACUAUGUGGAAAGUUGUACAUCUUAAUAUUAAUAAUGUAGAAAAUGAAAAUAUAGAAUUUUCUAGAUCUAGUAAUGAAAGCAUAAAAAGUAAUGUGCAAAAUGAACAGUCAACACAAAGAAUUUCUAAAGCCCAGAAAAGAAGAGACAAGAAAGCAAAUGCAGAAAAAGAACGCAACCAAAGGAUAAUAGAAGAAGAAGCACUUAAUGUUUUUGGAAAAAGAAAUGUAGAGAUUCAAACCAUAAAAAAAAUUCUUUUUGAACGUGGUUUAAUGAUUUAUGAGAUUCCAAGUGAUGGUCAUUGCUUGUAUAAUGCUGUUGCACAUCAGCUGAAAGUUAUAGGAGAAACUCCAUUGAAUUUUCAAGAACUUAGAAUAAAAACUGGUAUAUACUUGAGGGAAAAUAUGAAUGAAUUUUUGCCAUUCAUUUCCAAUCCAGAUUCGGAUGAUUUUCUUUCGCCAGAGCAGUAUGAGAAGUAUUGUGAUGAUGUUGCAGAUACAAAUGCCUGGGGAGGUGCUAUCGAGCUACAAGUUCUUUCUCAUGUACUGAAAUGCCCAAUAGAAGUGAUUCAAGCAUCAGGUGCACCGUACAUUAUUGGUGAAAGCUAUAGUACUGAGAAAAAGAUGAUAUUAACUUAUCAUCGUCAUAUGUAUGAACUAGGUGCUCAUUAUAAUUCAGUUACAAAAUAUGUUAAAGAAGAAGAAAGCUGAUGAAAAUGCAUAGUUUUCGCUAAUAUCUACAAUGGAAAUUAAACACAUAAUUUCCUAAUACUUUUUCCUACAAUAGAAUAUACGAACCAUUUAAAGAGCUGCCACAAACUCAGUGCUCAGGAAACAUAUCAGUCUAAUUAAGAUUUCAAUGUUUCUCUAAUAACUUUAAUUGACAUCCUAUAUAUGUAUGUAUAUAUAAAAAACAAAUUUGUAAUUUUUGUUCAUAGUUAGAUUUAAGACAUUAUUAUCAAUGUGAA